UACCAUAAGUGGGUUAGGGAGGUUUUUUUGUUUUAUUUUCGUGUUUUGGGAUUGUUGUUAAAUAUUGCUAAAGGUGUUACUGCUGUAUCGGGUUUGUGGUGGUGGUUUAGGCGGGAGUUCAGUUUUUUGAAGUGGGUAUAAUUGAGAGUUGGGUUUUGUUCUUUUUUUUACUGUGCAGUAUAUGUAGUGAGGUUGUAGUGUUGUGGUUUGUUCUUUUUGUCUGUUUUUAGCAAAUGGUUGGAGUAGUGACGUUGGGCUUUUUUUGUGGGUUGCUUUUCAUACAGUGUAUGACAUAAAUUGUUGGCUGUUGGUGAAUUUUAAAACGAAGAGCAAUUUUAAUCUGCUUUUCCUUUUCCGCGUAGCAGCGUGUGGUGAAAUGUUUUAGCAACGUUUUCCUGUAUUUAGCACUUUAAAGCGUGUAUGUCGAUGCAGUUAACUCCCUGGGCCAGACAGCGCUUUUUAUUGCAGCAUUAUUAGGCCUUACAAAAUUAGUUGAUGUCCUGGUGGAUUAUGGAUCAGAUCCAAAUCAUGUCUUAGUUCCCCAACCAGGGGUGGAACCUGGGCCCCCAGCAGUGGAAGCACAGAGGCCUAACCAUUGGACCACCAGGAAAUUACCAGAAACAUGCUUUUAACUCCGCUGCUUUGAUGGGAGCACUCCUAUCCAUGCAGCAGCGUUUUCAGGCAAUCAGUGGAUCCUCAGCAAACUGCUGGAUGCAGGGGGUGAUCUUCGACUCCAUGAUGAGAGGGGUCAGAGCCCGCAGACCUGGGCUCUGGCAGCAGGGAAGGAACGCGGCACCGCGAUGGUGGAGUUCAUGCAGCGCUGUGCCGCGCACAUGCAGGCCAUCAUCCAGGGCUUCUCCUAUGACCUCCUGAAGAUUGACUCCCCUCAGCGGCUCAUCUGUGGCCUGUCCCGGUUUGGGGGCCUCAUGCAGGGAAGCCCUAAUGGCUCUCCUAACCGACUGCCUAAAGCUGGAGUCAUUUCUGCCCAAAAUAUCUACAGCUUUGGCUUUGGAAAGUUUUAUCUCACAGGGGGCACGCAGCUGGCUUACCUAGGAUCUCUUCCAGUAAUUGGAGAAAAGGAAGUGAUUCAAGCUGACGAUGAGCCCGCCUUCUCUUUCUUCAGUGGCCCCUACAUGGUCAUGACCAACCUGCUGUGGAACGGGAGCAGGGUCACAGUGAAGGAGCUGCAUCUUCCCACCCACCCGCACUGCCGCAGGCGGCGGCUGGCUGACUUGUUAAUUGCUGAGCUAGAGCACAGCAGCAAGUUGCGGCACCCUCACCUGCUACAGCUGAUGGCUGUGUGCCUGUCCCAGGGCCUGCAGAAGACCCGCCUCGUGUACGAGCGUGUCACCAUCGGCACGCUGUUCUCUGUCCUCCAUGAACGGUCCCCUUUGUUCUGGUGGUUGAUCUCUUGCUUGCAGCGGGCCCAGUUCCCCAUACUGCACAUGGAGGUGAUCGUGCACCUGCUACUCCAGACCUCCGACGCCCUGAGAUACCUGCAUUCUCGGGGCUUUAUCCACCGUUCCCUCAGCUCCUACGCCAUCCACAUCGUCUCCACAGGGGAAGCGAGGCUGACCAACCUGGAGCACAUGAUGGAAAGCCGGGAUGGAGGUGUACACAAGGACCUGACUCGAGUAUCCCUCCCCACCCAGCUUUACAACUGGGCCGCCCCGGAGGUGAUCUUACAGAAGGCAGCCACAGUGAAGUCAGACGUCUACAGCUUUUCUGUGAUCAUACAGGAGAUUUUAACAGACAGCAUACCCUGGGAUGACUUAGAUGGCUCAGUUAUUAAAGAAACCAUAGUGUCGGGAAAUUAUUUAGAAGCUGAUGUCAGGCUUCCGAAACCUUACUAUGACAUUGUUAAGUCAGGCAUCCAGGUCAAGCAGAAAGACCGAACUAUGAACCUUCAAGAUAUCCAGUAUAUUCUGAAAAAUGACUUAAAGAUGAUUGCAGAUAUGUCCUUCCCAGUACUUCCCUUGUUACAGGAUUUUAUUGGAGCCCAGAGAACUCAGCCAACUGAGAGUCCCAGGGUGCAGAGAUAUGAACUCCAUCCUGAUGUCAAUGUCUGUUUAGGAGUGACUUCAGAACAUCCAUUGCAAAUAAAAGAGCUGAAGGAAGCAGGUGGUCAGCUUCAUUCACCAAGGGGUCACUCCACUCUCACCAAGAAAGCAACACCAGAGCCUCUGGUCCCAGACCCAAGUCUGGAGGCCCAGGAGACACAGAACCAAGACGCUGCUUCUUCUUCUUGCUCUGUGGGGGAAGAGGCCAGGAGCUCCAGCCCAGAUCAGGCGAGCCUCUGCAGCUUCGAAAUCAACGAAAUCUACUCAGGCUGCCUGGACAUGGGAGAUGACAAAGAGGAAGAGCCCCCAGGAACUGGUUCAUCUCUUGAGGGGGCCAGACAAAACCAGGUAGAUGAACUGAAGUCCAUGGAAGAAGAGUUGGAAAAGAUGGAGAGAGAGGCAUGCUGUUUUUCCCAUGAAGACAGCAGCUCUUCAGAAGCUGACACGGAGCUCUCCUUUGAGGACUGGGGCUGGCAGAGUGGUUCACUGAGUUCACCCAGCCUGCCUGAGCCAGCCAGAGGAGCCAAGGGCAACGUGAGCAACAGGUCCCUGACCGAGCAGUACAUCAGUAAGUGUGUGCUGAAUGUAAAGAUUUCACAGACCUUAAUGCACCAGAAUGCCAAUUUGCUGAGGAGUAUUCAACAGAAAAUAGAUAAGCUUGAGAUGACACAGAAGGAGCAGGAGGGCAGGUCUCUGUGGGCUUCCUCAAGAGAGUUUGCAAACGGCUAUGACUGGCCUUCAGCCCUGGGCCCCCAAGCUUCAAGCUAUAUUCCUCCUGCCAUGCAGCUGCCAGGGAACCUGCAGCCGGACACUGAGGGCAACUGCCCGACCCUAGCAAAGUCUCCAAGAACAAUGAGAGACUUUCAAGGAGGACAUUUUGGCAAAAGGUCCAAGAAAAGAAGCAGCUGUGGCUGGACACCUUUCACCCCUUUCCCCCAAGUCCCUGAAGAAAGCACUAGGGAUCAGCCGGAGAAGGGCCAACAGCUGCCAUCUCUUUGUGGUCCUGGAAAACAGAGCAGAGGUGAACAGUUUCAGCCCACUCAUGGAGCCAAGGACAGUUUGGAAAGAAACAGGAACCAAAAUACCAGCAGCCAGGGAAGGCCUAGAGAGUCCAGUGCCCAAACCAGAACGACACAGCUCAGUGGUGCACUCCUCACUGUGCCAGGCCACCCACAGGGACCACUCACGUCAUCCACCCCUGGCCGAGGCUCUUCCAGGAUCAGUAUGGAAUCUGUGUCUUCUAAAAUCUGUAACACAAAGUCAAGAAAUAAUGAAGAUGCUGGAGAGAUACACUUAAAAUGGAAAACGGAGGUGAAAGAAAUGGCAGAGAAAGCAGCUACUGGGCAGCUGGCAGUACCUCCUUGGCAUCCUCAGAGUAGUGUGACUUUAGAAAAUGAGGCUGAAAACAGGCCUGAUCCCCUGCUGCAGCCCCCCAUUAAGGUCCCUGAGCACGUGGAUUGGCAGCAAGCUGUAGAGCAUCCCAAGAAAAAUGAUGAGCCAGGAGGAAAUGGCAAGUGUGACAAAACAGACAGCAGUGACCGCAACAGUGACCAGCAUGGCAGACAGCCAGGGCCUCGAAGUUUCACCGGUACCAGGCACCUGCCCCCCAGAAAAAAUGAGCAGCCAGAGCAUGGGGAAAUCCUUCAAGAAAGUUCGGAUGCACCUGUGGUUGUUGAGAAGUCUUACAGCGAUCAGUCCGUGCAACCGACUUGUUCACCAGAGUCUUCUGAAGACAUAACAGAUGAAGUUUUAACUACAGACCAUGAAUAUUUUUACUCCUCAACUGCUCAAGAAAACUUGGCUCUAGAGACCUCAAGUCCCAUUGAAGAAGACUUUGAAGGAAUACAACAUGCUUGUGCCCGACCUCAAGCCUCUGGUGAAGAAAAGUUCCAAAUGAGAAAAAACCUUGGAAAGAAAGCUGAAAUUUUGACCAGGUCUCAAUUCCAACCUAUACAAAGUAUUGAAGACGAACAAGAGGAGACACUAAAGGAGUCACCAAAGGAAAUGAAAGAGAAAGACAUAUCACUGACAGACAUUCAAGACCUGUCUAGUAUCUCCUAUGAACAAGGCGGUUCUUUUAAGGAAGUCUCAUGCAAAACACCCAAAAUAAACCACGCACCUACUAGUGUCAGCACUCCGCUCAGCCCAGGGUCAAUUUCUUCAGCUUCUAGUCAGUAUAAGGACUGUCUUGAAAGUAUCACGUUUCAGGUUAAAACAGGGUCUACCUCGUUCUGGAAGAGUCAAGAAUCUAUUCAAACUUUGUCUGAUAAAUUUACAACUGUCCGAGAGAAAGCAAAGAGCCUAGACUCCCUUCUUACUUCCUCUGAAACUCUUCCUUCAAGACUGACUAAUCUCAAAAGAUUGCCUGCAUUUACUGGGGCUGGUUCCUCCAGCAUUGCCAAGGCACCUGACACAUCAUCCCGUGCCACUCAGAGGAGGAGCCUGCCAAAAGAACUAGUAGAAGCCAUCUCGCGACAUCACAUUGAUGAGCUGCCACCACCACCUCAGGAGCUGCUUGACGAAAUCGAGCACCUGAAGCGGCAGCAGGCCUCAUCCACAGUGCGGGAUGAGAACACAGCAAGUCAUCUGGGCAUCACUGCAAGUGAUCAAAGGCAUUUAGAAGAACAAGAAACUAACAGUAAUAAAGAAGACAGCAGUAUGCUUUGGACCAAAGAAACUCAGGAUCUAGAAGAGGAUACAGAGAGAGCUCACUCUACGCUUGAUGAGGACCUGGAAAGAUGGCUGCAGCCACCUGAGGAUAGCACGGAGCUACAGGGUCUCCCCAAAUGCUCGGCAAGGGAGACAAAUACCAAAGAUCAAGAAGUUGGUGAAAAGAAGAGAAAAGGGGAAGAAAGCAUCACGCCAGAGAGAAGGAAAUCAGAAAGCUUUUUAGGGACUUCUGAAGAAGAGGAACUAAAACCCUGUUUUUGGAAGCGACUGGGUUGGUCCGAACCAUCCAGAAACAUCACACCAACUCGAAACUCCCUUUUUUGUUCAGGAUAAUCGUGCUGGAUCAGAGUGACUUGCCAGACUGACCGGAAGUGGACCAUAGAUGGACUCCUGGCCUGCGUUUGAGUAUCCUGCUCAUGAGCUCCCUUCUUCCCUCGUCUGCUUCAGUCACCAUUAGGGCAGUGGUUCCAUUGCUCACACUUUGUUUAGCCGCCACAAUAGACAGAAUGACUUGUUUGUUUGCAGCACAUUUAACCAUUUGUUUUCAGUCAGAUUUCUGAAAAGUAAACGGUAGUUUUGAUUGUAAAGCUUUCUCGUUGUGUCCAGAAUGGUGUUUGGUUUUUUAAUAUAAAUUUUCAAACACUUCAACUCCUGUUAUAUAAUAAAAUGUUUCCUUUUAAUAUCA